UGCUGCAUUUCGAGCGAGUUGGCAGAGUUGACUUAGUGUGAGCUUAAUUUACGCGCGAUCAUGUCCAAGAAACCCAUCGAUCAUGACCAGGGUGGCCAAAUCCUCAAAGAUAAAUCCUCGGAAUUCACAGUGGAGAAGUUUGUGAGGAAGCGCUAUCUACGUGGACGUCCCCAGUAUCUGGCCAAGUGGGAGGGCUAUCCAAUGAAGCAGUGCACCUGGGAGCCACUGGAGAACUUGGGCAAUUGCAUGACGCUGGUUGCGGAUUUCGAGGCGGAACUAUACAAGCAAGACCAGGAAAAAAUGAAUACCCACUGACAAGGAGAAGAUGUUAAUGCAAAUUGUUGGCUACAAAUAAAAGCUAUAUUGUUGGGUGCCUGUUAUAAAA